CCGUUGAGAUUGGUUCCGCUGACAGUUCCGCCAUUCUGUCAAAACCGGAUCCAGCUACUGAGACUUUCACUACACGAAGACAGCCACAGGAUUCAAUGCUGGAAUUGUUUAAGAACAGUCACAGCAGAUUGUGAGCUUCAGUGACAUUUCCAAUCUUGCUGCGUGGAUGAGUUGAGGUGAUGUUGGCUGAGCUGGGCAACAGUUCUACCCCCAGCGUUAGCUUCGAAGGUGAUGCAGAGGAAAGGGACAAAUCUGUACUUGUCUCCCUUCUGGAGCAGCUCACAAAUUCCACCGUCUUGUGUCCUGUGUUUCUCGACACCCCUGAACUUGUGGUUGUUGUGUCCAUCCAGCGAUACCUGAGAGACCCUGGGAAUGAGGAGGGGUCCCAAUCAGCUUCCGGCUACUUUUUCGAUGUGACGGUGACUGAUCAGAUUUCUCAGGUGAAGUGCCACUUGGCUCCUGUCCUGAACUCCCUGGUUCACUGGAACUGCCUGAGAGUGGGCCGUGGGAUUCACCUCACACGCUGCAGCCUGGUGCAUGAUGAGAAGAGGCUGAACCGAUGCUUCCUGCAGAUUGAGGCGCUGGAGCUGGUGGCUGCAGAAUGCAAUCCCAGUUUGAGUAUCCCUUCCCCGAGCAUCGAGCCCCUCCGCAGCUUGACUACAUCCCAGAGGGGGAGGGAUCUUCUGAGGACUUUGCAGAUGGAAACCCCCUUGAAAGGGGGACGGCUUCAUUAUUUACCCUUGUGGAAUAACAAUGACCCGUAUGGCAGAGAAUGGGCUGGCCCCAAGACACCGCCAUUUCCAAAUGUCCCUCUUGAAGGCUUAGGACUCAUUUCUCUCCAACACUUGUCAAUGACCUGGAGAGCAAAAGUUGGAUUUCCACAUCUUCUCGUGCGAAUAAUGCACAAGUCCAGGUUACGCUACUAUGGACGGCCCCAAACAAAGGUGGACUUUCCAUAUCAGGCCUACUUUGAAGUAGCUGAUCAGUCGGGUAUGAUGCCACUGGUCCUGUGGAACUCCUUGUGCCCUGAAUGGUACCAGUCCCUGCACGUUGGCACAGUUCUCCUGCUGCACCGGUACUCAGUUAAACAAAGUUACCAGAGGAGAACCUGGGCCACUCCAUGUGACCCACAGAUAAAGAGCCUUAGAACCAUAGAGAUCUGCCUCAAUCCACGAGACCCUCGUGCUGAAAUCCAGAUUGUACCACCUCAGCAAGUCAAAGCAGAGUGGAGGUUACCUGACAUUAAAUACAAUUUUAUCACGAGGCUAGAGCUGGAUAAAUUGCCCGAGGGGUUCACAUGUGAUGUUAUUGGACUUGUCAUCUUUGUGGGAAGAUGUCAGAGAAUAAGAAAGGAAGACAGUAGUGAGGAUUUCUACUCGUACCGCUGGGUGCAUGCUAUAGAUGGUAGCACUGAGCAACCUUUUGUCCUGGAACUUUUUGCAACUUCACAGCCAGAAACCUUUCAACAGAUUCAUCCAAUGACUUACUUGGUGUGUACCCAGAUGAGGGUGGUUCGAGAAUUACGACCCAGUGGAGUGAUGUUGAAUGUUCCCUACCUCACCACCUCCAAUGAAAGUCAGAUCUUUAUCUCAGGGUAUCACAAAGGUCAGCCGUACACAAAGGACCCAAAAGUACAGGGCUUCAUCCAGUGGGUAAAAGGGCAGCGUGAGAACGAUGUGAUGAAGCGGUCUGUAAUCGGUGGUUACUAUUCCUUCCCUCCGGCCCCGAACCUAUUUCAGGAAUACUGUAAAAAUUUGGAUGCUGAGGCUCUCUUGACCUCCACCAGUGAACUGAAGAAGGAGAUUGAAAGUUUGCAUUAUAGAGAGCAUAAGAGGUUUAUACUUCAGGGAAUCAUCGUUGCUGUUGAAUACAUCUGUCACACAGAUCUGGCUGCGAGAUUGAAAGCGUUCCCUGUGCAGGAAGUUGACGCUUUUGUGGGCUCGUCUUCGCAACCCAUCAGACAUCUGGACAGCCCAGAGAAAGACACCAGGGUCACCCGGCAAACAGAGCAGCUAUGUGUAAAUCCAGCAAGGCGUCAUCAGAGACAGUCAACACCAGUGUUUAACCGCUACUCAUUGAGGAAGAAGUUGUCAAAUCCACCAAUGGGCAUGCUGAAGAAGAAAAGGAAGAUGAGCCAACAGAGGGUCCUGUCACCAAAAAGGCCAGCUGCUGUGCAAGAUGCUGAUGUAGCAGCGAGCACCAAAGGAUUUUCCCCCGGUGCAGAACUGCCUGUGCCACCUGACAAAGAUGAUCAUGGAAGGUGUAAUGCAGGGAAUUCAACUGAUGGCAACUCAAAAUAUACAUGGAAAAGCCCUACCUGGUCAGAAAUCAGAGAACACCUGUCAGAGCACUUGCAUUUUGGCCAGCUUCUUUCCGAGAGCAUUCCACAAAGAUUUGUCUACAAACAUCGAGAUUUCCUAAUGCAGCAGCAUAACCUUCAGGCUGCAGUGUGCAGCCCAGUUCCAGCAGUCUCCAAGAUGGAGCUUCAGAGCUUUGCAUCUGCCUGUUGCCAUGACUACUACACCGUGACGAUAGUUGGUGUCAAUCACCAGGUAGCAGUCGAUGUUGUGUUUCUCCCGGUUUUGAUGAGUCGUGACAGUCACCGCAUUUUGGGGCUAUCGAUGGAAGUUCACGAUAACGCCCUAGCCUCGGUUAUGGCUAGUGGUUACAUUUGUGACAAACAGACUGCAGAUAACAAUCAGCUGAAAGAGAUGCCUUCCUGUCAAGAUCAGAUUAUAAAGACAGCAGCUGACCUGGACAAUACACGUGUGAUCUGUAUCCUGGAUGUGUACCAUCAUGGUGAGGGCAAGUCUGAAGUGAUUCUAAACAAAGUAUACAGAAUGACAGAUUGAAAUCAUCUAACACCAUUUUGAGAAGUUCAUUUCAACAAUAUGCAUUCCCUUUCAUAGAUUUAGAACCUGUAUUUACUUCUCCAGGAACUGUUUGAGAAUGACAACCUCAGCUUGAAGACUUCACAGUAUUUUAUCAUAAAUAUAUGCUAUAGUAGUCUAUUUAAUAUAAACUUUCACCAGUGGGUGUGUACAUAUUCAAACUUUUCUUUCAAAUAAAUCUAUGGAUAAAAUCUGGUCUCCUAGAGUUAACAACGGCGUGUUUUGAACGGCACACUUUUGCAGUUAUCAGUGAAGUUAUCAAUGUCUGUGUGCCAGCAUAUGACAGGCAUCUAAAAUCAACUCUUUGCAAUAGAUUAGGACAAUCAGAUUCUCACCUCCUUGUUUUUUAUGGCAUCCCGCUGCCAAACUGUUUGGGGAAACUAAAAUUCAAGAUGUUACAACUGAUUUCAAACCCAGCUCUGUAUUUUUAGAGCUUUUCUCCCUCGGUGGUGAAUGUGCCUGAGUGUUAGCAGCAGAGGCUGGGUGGGAACUCUGCUUAACUACUGAUAUGUCAAAGACAGACCAUAGACCAAAGAUUGCUGGUCAAGGACAUGCUGUGUUAGACUUCAUGUUCCUGGAAGAUUGCAGCUGCAAAGAAAAACACUGAAAUCUUGAAAACACUCAAUACAAACCAUACUACUUCAUUGUUGCCUGUUACUGGACUCAGUAUUGACCAAUGCACUGUAGCUACAAUAUGUACGAUCUACAACUUGUCAUUCCCAACCCCCACUUCAACAUCGCCACUCAGUCAUGUAACUUUUACCACUGCAGACCAGAUUAGAAAUGUGAGUGGACUGCCAUCACUUCCAAGUUCUACACUAAGGCAUGUACUACCUGACUCAGCAAUCAGUCUCCUUCCUUCAUUGUAACUGCUUUGAAAUCCUGGAAUUCUCUACCUUAUAUCUCAAUAGGAGAACCGUUAUCACAGAGCCAGCAGCAACUCAAGGAGAAAGGCUUGCCAUUUCUCAGAGUAGUCAAUGUGGUCUUGCCCCCAGUAGGUAACAUCCCAAGAACUAAUUAAAACUCAGUUCAGUUGUAAGCUCUCCAUUUGGAAUGCAACACAUUCUUACAACCUUGUGAUGAUCUGCCUGAGGAAUGAAGGCUCUAAAAAUCAAUUUGAAUUCAUUUUCCUUUCCAAUGUGCAGCACGAUUAUAAAUAUUCUUUC